ACUCAGCCCACUAGCACUCAAAAGAUUGCAAUCGCAAGCCACAUAUUUUUUUUUACUUGCUCCUCCCUACAUCCCUCUUCUCUUUACUUGCUUCUUUCUCCCAGAUCCCUCCUGCCGUUUGUCCCUGAAUGUAUCAUUUCUUGAAAGAAAGAGACUGGUAAGAAAACAGAGGGAAAGAUUGCAAGGGUGUUGUAUAAUAAUAAAAAAAUCUGUUGAAAAGGGAGGGAGAGAGAGUAAGAGGGAGAUGAGAGGGGAGAAGGGCAUGUUUUGAGCACAGGCAGCUGGCUGAGACUAAACCACAAGAGAGAGAGCAAAAGAGGGAGAGAGAACGAGACAAGGAGACAGCGCACCAGCUAGACACAAGAUGGCUACAGUCUCUUCUGAUUUAAAUGCUGAGGGCUCUUCUCUACCCACCCGGCGUAUUCUGUUGCUGGGUUUCCAGGGCUCCGGUAAGACCUCGACACUGAAUACCAUCUUGAGCCAAGAGAAAAACCCUCCAGAUGACCCCCAAACAGACCAUCAACACUGGGUAGACAUACUCACCUGGCGACUACUGAUCGUUGACACCACUGGAUGGAAGCUGGAAAUCGAAGAUUCAACUGAUGAGACAGACUCGGUAGAGAAUCAGCAGUCCAUCAUUGAUCAAUGUUCUCCUGGUCCUCAUGCUCUGCUGCUGGUGGUUCCCAUUGGAGUCCCAUUCACAGAGCACCACUGGCAAGGUCUCUGGGCCCGAGUUAGGGCACUGGGAGCAGGGAUAUGGAGGCAUACAAUGGUUUUGUUCACCUGUGCGGACCAGUUGCCACAGGAUAUGGGUGUGGAGGAAUUUAUUGUGGAUGGCGGGGCAGCGCUGCAGAGGUUGGUGGAGAGGUGUGGCUGUAGGUACCAUGCCUUGGAUAACACACGCUCUGACAAAAGUUCUCAGGUUGCAGAGCUUUUGCAGAAAGUGGAGGAAAUGGUGCAGGAGAAUCAAGGCUGGUUCUUUGAAAUGGUGCGGCCAAGCCUUGGAUUUGGUGAUGAAGAGGCUGACAAUGAAAGAGAAGAGGAUAGAGGUACAGAAGUUGAGAGAACAGCAGCAAUGUUUAGAUCUCCACCAAGAGAGUUACGAGUGCUUUUAGUGGGCUGGCGUGGAGCAGGUAAGAGCUCUGCAGGUAAUCUUCUACUGGGCUGUCGUGUAUUUGAAUCAGGACGUCCCACUGACGUCUCUGUGCGCCACCAAGCAUUGGUAGCUGGUCGGCGCCUCACGGUUGUCGAUACACCAGGUUGGGAUUGGUUCUCCGUCCAGCGCACACCAAGCAACAUACAAAGAGAAAUCAAACUGGGGGCAGGGCUUCUCCAUCCUGGCCCACAUGCGCUUUUAUUGGUCAUCCCCGUAGUCUCCACCCUCACUCCCAAAAAGAGACAGGCCCUUAAGAGCCACUUGGAAAUGUUUGGCGAGGAGGCUUGUCAGCACACGCUGGUGCUGUUUUCAUGUGGUGACUGGCUGUAUGGCACAUCAAUUGAGGAUCACAUCCAGCGGGAUGGAGGCGAGCUGCUGAAAUUGAUGCAGCAUUGCUGGAACUGUUACCAUGUGCUAGACUGCACCAAAGCCAAUAAGGACAGGUCACAGGUUACUGAACUCUUGCAGAAAAUAGAGGAGAUGGUAGCAGAGAAUGGACAGAAACCUUUCUUACCAGUCAAAUUGAAUCAAGAAUUAGACGAGGAGGAAACGAGUGGAAGAUGUAUUCUGCAGUGAAUGCGAUAUAAAGGAAUUAGAGGAAUAUACAAGUUGUUGACCCUUUGGAUCACUAAACAAGCAGCAUUAAUCAAAUUGUUUAUUACCCAUAAGGCCAUUCACACUGUUUAUAUAUGUCAUAUAUUAAGAUGACAGAAUGCAAACAGAAUUUGAACUGUACAUUCUACUGCUUUUUGACUAUGAUCAUUAUGUUCUAUUCAUGCUGACAUUCAGUAGCAUACUUACAGAAGUACAGACUAGAUUUCUGUCUCCUUAUAAAUCCGUCACUGGACAUUCACCUUUGCUGGAAGCACGUAGCACUUGACAUAAUAUUUUUGUUGAACUUGUUUCCUACUAAUCCUGUGAGUUACAAAUAACAGUACGAACUGAGUGCACAAAUAACAGUAAUUCUCAGUAGUCAAAUAUUCAAACUCUUGCCAAAUGCAUGCACUGGUUUCAAUGAUUAUUGUCAAGUAUUAUGUAAAAUGCAUGGUGGCACCAAACAGAACAAAUGGCCAAAAUGAUUCCAUCCAUUUCCACAUGGUAUGGCAUGAUAUUGUUGUACAGUAUUUAUACUACCUGGUAGCUUCUCAUGCACAUUGAAACAGUGUCAAAUAAUAUUUAGUAAAACUACAUUUUACUAAUUAUAAUUGUAGUUACUACUCACAUGUAGUUUGAAUGUACUGUAUUAUCAUAAAAUCUAGUAUGUGCACUUAAAAUAGAGCUGGAUUCUUGAGUAUACAAAGGUUCAGACUGAACUGAAUGUGCAACUGAGCACCUUAAGAACAUUCAGGGUUUCUUUUUGUUGUGAAUUUGAUACGAUUGGUAACUAAUGAGGACAUAUCAUACUUAUGACUGUGAUGUCAGCAUUGUAUUCUACCUAAACACAGUUAACAAUGUGUGUUGAGCAUUUGGGCCAUAGCUGUCUGCACAUUUUUGCCACUGAUAUGCUAUAAAUUCCCAAGUGCUUGGGCAAACAUUUCAGCCUCAAAAGUGACAUUCAGCUAGUUUGACUUAAAACACUCAGAUGAUUUUAGAGUUUAGGCUUUUGUAUGCUUUUCACUUCAUAUUUUCAUAUUAAUAAAGAACAAUUUUACAGUGAAAUUCCAAUACGGAGUGUUGCUUUUGUCAAGUAGAUCUCAAAAGACAUUGAAAUAAAGAUAUUCAAGACAAAAUCUAGUUUCUGCCAGCAAGACAAACUGACGUAACAGAGGAAACUUCCUUAUGCUAAAUAUACUCAAACACAUUUAAGCUUUACUCCACACCUAUCUAUAGCAGUGAAAAGUUGUCAAACAAUUUUACAAACUAUUACUUUCUGCACCAGCUUCAUUAUUAAAAGGACACAUUAAAUGGACAAAAAGUAUUCGUUUUAAAUGUUUAUUACACAAAUAACAUUUAAGUUAGUUGAAAAAUGGUGAAAGGCCCAUAGAAAGUCAACAGGUAAUAAAAGCACACUAUAACAUUUCUAUGAACAAAGACAGAACUAAAGUAUUGAGCGUUUAUACAG